AUGGAGAUAAUUACAAACCGAGAUCAGCAAGAAACGGCUCAGAAAAAAGUGGAGAAGCUCAGCAACGGCAAUAAUAGCCCAUCGCCGUUGACCGCGCCGCAGAUCCAAGUGUGCGAGCUGACGACGCCGCACGAGUUCCGUCAGCGGAUGGAAGACGACGUCCGCUACGGCCUGACGCUCCCCCAGCGCUGGAUCCCGUCCAAGUACCGCUACGACGAAGAGGGCUCCGUGCUGUUCGAACGCAUCAUCGAGCAGCCCGAGUAUUACCCCGCAGUAGCCGAAAACGAGAUCCUCGCUGCUCAGUCGGAAAACAUAAUGCGGCUAACAAAUCCCGACGAGCUGAUAGAGCUCGGCUCGGGCUCUUCUAAGAAAACGAGAGGUCUAAUAGAGGCCAUGCUAGUCACGGGCUCGUGCAGGAGAUACACCCCAAUAGAUAUCUCUGAGGGUGUGAUUCGCGAGGCAGGGGAGGCGCUCACGAGGGACUACGAUUGGCUCCAAGUGCAGGGGCAGGUCGGAGAUUACGACCACGACCUGGGCCGUAUCCGACGGAACGGACGGCGACUGUUCGCAAUCUUCGGCACGACGGUCUGCAACUACACUUCCAAGGCGGAGUGCAUGGAGUUCGUCAAGAAGAUCAAAGCCGUCAUGACCAAGGGAGACUCUCUGCUGGUCGGGAUCGACCUCUUGAAAGACGUGAGCGUUAUAGAGUCCUGCUACACGGACCAGGCCGGAGCCAACGCGCGGUUCAAGCUCCGCGUACUGGACAUCCUCAACCGCGGGUCCGCUCGACUUUCGGAAGCAGGAUUUCAGGGCUGA